CACCGUUAGAGCAGGUCCGUGGAAGGAAAGCAACAUGGGUUCGCUUGAUAGUCCCAUGUUUAUUUGGCCAUAGUGCAUGGUGGUGGUGGUGGUGGAUUCUCUCGGGCAUUCAGUAUGCUGCUACCCCUCGUUGUCCACUUACACCACCCCAUCCACCAAUUAGUUCUUUGCAAGCCCGGAGGAGUUCUUUUGAUUUGUUUAUAUGCGUGUUUAUGGCGACUUCCUUCCCCACUUUGUAAGGGCGUCAACUCUCUCGUCUCCCCUCUCGUUUGCCACAAGAGGAGUGACAAAGAUAUGGAAGGGGAUAAGCACGAGGUAAUGGAAGGGGAGGAGGCAAGGGUGACUGAUGUGAGCCUCAAAGAGCUCUCCAAGAAGCUUGAGGAGUUUGCCAGGGUAAGGGACUGGGAGCAGUACCACAGCCCGAGGAAUCUGCUGCUUGCCAUGGUUGGUGAAGUGGGGGAGCUUGCAGAAAUAUUCAUGUGGAGGGGAGAAGUGGCAAAGGGGCUACCUAACUGGAAGGAUUCAGAGAAGGAGCAUGUAGGGGAGGAGCUUUCAGAUGUCCUGUUAUACCUAAUAAGACUCUCUGAUGUAUGUGGUAUUGACCUUGGAGAUGCAGCCACCAAGAAGAUAGUCAAGAAUGCAAUUAAGUACCCUCCAAAGGCUACAUGAACACUGGAUUUGCUGCCAUCCUGUGCUUGGUUGGUUGCACAACUUCUGUUUCUGUUUGGUAUCAGGAGAUCAAUAAUAUGUUCUGACACUUGCAGCAUGUGGAAGUAUGGUGAUGGCAGAAUGUGACAUACUUUUUCUUGGUCUGGCAGAAUGCAAAAGGGGAAGCUUUAAUA